ACGUCUUCAUUUGAUGUUUACAUCUCUUAGACCCUAAAGUAAAACUCAUUCUAUGGCACGCAGUACAUAUGCCGGAACAGGCUAGAUCAGACCACUAUAUUAUCUAGCUGACAUAGUAUCAAAAAGUAGGUCCAUGUAUGAAAAACUUUUUAGUUUAUUAAGAUAUCUUGACUAAACUCGACAUAUAUUAGUUUUAGUAUGCUCCCCAUAUGUAAACACAAUCCUAUCAACAUCGGACCAUUACAUUAUAUAGUUGUCAUAGGAAUAAUCGGUCGAAAAUUAAGUUUUUGUAUGAAAAACUUGUUGUUUAUCAAGAUAUCUUAACCAUACUCUGCAUUAACCAUUUUCCCUCUGCUUCUUAGAUACGAGCAAAACAUUCUGAGCAUUAUGAAAAGGUUCGAUCUGCAAAGGUAUUCAAUCUUCGACGAAGAUAUUUCUCCUUCUUUCUCGUUUUAACCUUUGAACAUCUUCUAUUGUCUAAACACAUCUUCAUUCCUUGUAAUUCCUCUCCACAAGCCUUGUGAUAGAUACGUUCCUUAGUUGCCUUCCAUAGAAAAUUGAUGGGUGUAAAAGAAAAGUAUCCAAGUAACAGAAUGCAUCUCUUGAAAAUAGUUUCGGUUAGUUACCCGUAGUUAAUUAGUUAAUCUCGAAUCACAAAUGCGCGGUCGUAAACUCACUUAUCUUUUGGCAUGUUUAUUACACUUAGUUUAACAUUGCUUGUGUUUGCUCAACUUAUGUUCAUUCUUGAACAGGUAUAUAGUAAAUUGUACUUCAGUUAUCAAUUACCCCCGUCGAAGAGGAGGGCCAUCGACGGCACGUUGUGUUGCCCUCAGCCAAUGCAACGAGAUUUCAAGCCAAGAAAUGGUUGGCCAGUUUGAUACUAGCAGUGGCACUGAACAGAACAAACCAAUGGCGCAGGCAAAAGUGAUCCCACAAUAUAUUGCCGGUCUGUCCGCAGCGUUUGGAGCCUUCUGUAUGGGCGCCAGCAUGGGCUGGUCAGCGCCUGUAGAAAGAAUGCUGACGGAGGAGGAAGCUUACGGGUUUCCAGUGUCCAGCGAUCAAUUUGGCUGGCUCUCCUCUCUUCUUACCCUGGGCGCGACUGUCGUUUGCAUACCAGCCGGAUUUAUUAUUGACUGGAUUGGCCGUAGACCGACGAUGUUGGCUCUGAUACCACCUUACAUGGUGGGCUGGAUUCUGAUGAUCUUUGGCCAGAAUGUGAUGAUGCUCUACUUUGGACGUUUCAUUCUGGGCGUUUGCGGUGGUGCCUUCUGUGUGACUGCCUCCAUGUACACCACGGAGGUAUCUACCGUGGCCAAACGUGGAACGAUGGGAAGUUUUUUCGAGCUCAACACAGUCUCGGGAUUGCUGUAUGGCUACAUUGUGGGCGGUUACCUUCCGCUGUUGACCAUCAAUAUACUCUGCGCCAUAUUACCUCUAAUAUUUGCCGCGGUGCACUUCUUUAUGCCGGAGUCGCCAGUUUAUUUGGUCAUGAAAGGCCGCCCUGAGGAUGCAACCAAAUCUCUGCUCUGGCUGCGUGGCAAGGACUGCGAUGUUAGCUACGAGCUCAAGGAAAUUCUCGAGGAGAGAACCAAGAAUGCGGAUGAGCCCAAGGUCAGCAUCUUAAAGAUGUUGCGACGUCCCAUAACCCUCAAAGGAAUCGGCAUUGCGGUGAUGCUGCAGAUUCUGCAACAGUGGACAGGUGUUAAUGCCAUUAUGUUUUAUUCCACAUCCAUUUUCGAGGACGUUGGUGCAAGCCUCAGCGGUCGCAUCUGCACCAUUCUGAUCGGUGCUACCCAACUGGUUAUGACUCUCGUGGCAACGUUGAUAGUCGACAAGGUUGGACGACGCAUUCUUCUGCUCGUGUCUGCCUUCUUCAUGGCCAUUACGACCUGCCUGAUGGGCGUGUACUUUCAAAUGAAGGAAAGCGACGAGGCUUCGGUGGCGUCUCUGGGAUGGCUGCCCAUUACAAGUACACUCGUCUUCAUUGUGGCCAGCUCCAUUGGCUUUGGGCCUGUGCCCUGGCUAAUUAUGGCCGAGCUUUUUACUGAGGACGUCAAGAGUAUAGCUGGCUCAAUUGCGGGCACCAUAAACUGGUUCUCCGCAUUUUUGGUAACAAAACUCUUUCCGCUAUUAAAUAAUAGUAUUGGAUCGGCGCCAACAUUUUGGAUUUUUUCCGGCAUCGGUUUCUUCGCUUUUGUAUGGACCUUGAUCUGGGUGCCGGAGACAAAGGGGAAAACGCUUCUCGAGAUUCAGCAUCUGCUAGCUGGCGGCCGCAAAAGUAAUCCAAUAAGCCAACAAGUAAUUUCAAGCGCCUGUGUUAACAGUGAAGUAUCUAGUUUUACCGAUAGAAAAGAUCAAGGACUUUAUAGUCAUUCCGCAGGGGUAAAAAAAUGUUAAGUCCAGAUAAAACAAUAUUAAUAACGCUGAAAUUCUUGACUUAAGUCAUUUGAGCAGCAGGUUUGCUUGACUUAAGUCUGAUGGCUAGCAAACUAGAACAAGUGAAUCUCCGAAAAGCAGCAGAGGCUAUUUCAACAUUGUCGGGGUACGCCGGGUGAUAGGCUGAUUGGCUCAUUUAACAAUAAGAGAGUGUUUAUCCUGAGUGACUGACUGAAAGUGAACCUACAAAAGUUUCCUGUUUGGUCGAAAGUGAACGCCAAGACUCUCAGCCAUACACAUACAUGUACAUAAUUGUGCUUUGCAAGCGCGACGUCACGAGCCUGUGUGGCUUAAGUCUUUGGGCGGAGGAAUAUCAAGCGAGCAGUCCCUGGUUCAAAUCCAGCGGGGUCGUCAAUUUU